UUGGGGGAACGGCAGAAAGCAGCUAUCCGUUUACACUACUUUGCUCUAGCAGCUAUCUUAAUGAUUGCAAGUGCGGCGGACAUCAAGCAGGAGAAUGGGAUGGAAAGCGCCUCGGAAGGACAGGAGGCGCACCGAGAAGUGGCGGGGGGCGCGGCGGCUGGGCUGAGCCCCCCGGCUCCAGCUCCUUUCCCCCUGGAGCCGGGGGACGCCGCGGCUGCCUCCAGGGUAAGCCGGGAGGAAGGGGUAGCGGCGACCGGAGCGGCAGAUCAGGUACAACUCCACUCGGAACUUCUGGGCAGGCACCAGCACGCAGCCGCCGCGCAGCCCCCGCUGGCCUUCUCGCCGGACCAUGUCGCCUGCGUGUGCGAGGCGUUGCAGCAGGGGGGCAACCUGGACCGCCUGGCCCGGUUCCUUUGGUCCCUGCCCCAGAGCGACCUGCUACGUGGCAACGAGAGCCUGCUGAAGGCGCGAGCGCUCGUGGCCUUCCACCAGGGCAUCUACCCUGAGUUGUACAGCAUCCUCGAGAGUCACAGCUUCGAGUCGGCCAACCAUCCGCUGCUGCAGCAGCUCUGGUACAAGGCGCGCUACACCGAGGCCGAGCGAGCGCGCGGCCGGCCGCUGGGCGCCGUGGACAAGUACCGGCUGCGCAGGAAAUUCCCCUUGCCCCGCACCAUCUGGGACGGCGAGGAGACGGUGUAUUGUUUCAAGGAGAAGUCGCGCAACGCGCUCAAGGAGCUCUACAAGCAGAAUCGCUACCCCUCGCCGGCCGAGAAGCGGCACCUGGCCAAGAUCACCGGCCUCUCCCUCACUCAGGUCAGCAACUGGUUCAAGAACCGGCGGCAGCGUGACCGAAACCCCUCCGAGACCCAGUCCAAAAGCGAAUCAGAUGGCAACCCCAGCACUGAAGAUGAAUCCAGCAAAGGACACGAGGAUCUGUCUCCUCACCCACUUUCAGGUGCAUCUGAUGGCGUCACCAGCCUCAGCCUUUCGAACCACAUGGAGCCAGUAUAUAUGCAACAAAUUGGAAAUGCUAAGAUAUCAUUAAGCUCGUCUGGAGUUUUGUUGAACGGAAGCUUAGUACCUGCAAGUACUUCACCUGUCUUCCUUAAUGGCAAUUCCUUUAUUCAGGGACACAAUGGAGUUAUCCUUAAUGGACUGAAUGUGGGAAAUACACAGACAGUGUCACUGAACCCACCCAAAAUGUCUUCAAAUAUUGUGGGCAAUGGCAUAGCCAUGACAGAUAUCCUGGGAUCUACCUCCCAGGAUGUGAAAGAAUUCAAAGUCCUCCAGAGUUCUGCUGUGAACUCAGCAGCCACCACCUCCUACAGCCCUAGUGCCGCUGUGUCAUUCCCAGGGCUGAUACCCUGCACUGAAGUGAAAAGGGAAGGCGUUCAGACAGUGGCCUCCCAGGAUGGCGGCUCUGUAGUGACGUUUACUACACCGGUGCAAAUUAACCAGUAUGGCAUUGUCCAGAUCCCUAAUUCUGGAGCGAACGGCCAGUUCCUUAACGGCAGCAUUGGAUUCUCUCCACUGCAGCUGCCUCCUGUCUCAGUAGCAGCUUCACAAGGUAAUCUUUCAGUAACUCCAAGCACUUCGGAUGGAAGCACAUUUACAAGUGAGACAGGCACAGUCCAGCAUGGUAAACUUUUCCUGAGCCCUCUCACCCCCAGUGCCGUGGUAUACACUGUUCCUAAUUCAGGCCAGACUGUAGGAGCUGUGAAACAGGAAGGCUUAGAAAGAGGCCUGGUUUUUUCUCAGUUGAUGCCUGUCAAUCACAAUGCACAAGUAAAUGCAAGCCUGUCUUCGGAAAAUCUCUCUGGGAGCGGCCUCCAUCCACUGACCUCUUCGUUGGUUAAUGUGUCCACCACCCACGGUUUUUCCCUGACCCCCCCUACACUACUUAAUCCCGCUGAGCUAAACCCUGACCUUGCCGAGAGCCAGCCAGUGUCUGCACCUGUGGCAAGCAAAUGUACUGUGUCAUCUGUCAGCAACACUAACUAUGCAACCCUUCAGAACUGUUCCCUUAUUCCUGGUCAAGACCUAUUGUCCAGCCCGAUGACCCAGGCUGCCCUGGGGGAGAUAGUUCCCACAGCUGAAGAGCAGGUGAGUCACGACCCACCAGCAGUCCACCAGGAUUUUGUCAGAGAACAGCGCUUGGUUCUGCAGUCAGUAGCUAACAUAAAAGAGAAUUUCUUACAGAAUUCUGAGAACAAAGCAACAAACAACUUAAUGAUGCUGGACUCGAAAUCCAAGUACGUGCUGGACGGCAUGGUUGAACCUGGCUGUGAAGACCUGGGAACAGACAAAAAAGAGCUGGCCAAGCUCCAAACUGUCCAGUUGGAUGAAGAUAUGCAGGACUUGUAAGCCUGACUCACUCCACGCAUCCCCACCAUCUCUGCUUUAACAGGAGCAAAUCCUUUUCUUUGUAAAGCCCCGAAGAUGGAGAGCUUCUCCUCAUUUAGAGGAAAACGCUGUACUUCUGCAAGCAAGAGCAUUCGGGUUGAGCUACAUGAGGAGCCUUGUUACAUAUAUGGGAGGGGAACUGCAUUGCUGAAGCCUUUCUGGUCACAUCAUGCUUGCUUAGAAGCAGCUGGGGGCAAGGCAACACGUGAAUGCAUCAAACCAUCAUCUCUCAUUUAGUCAGCAGCAUAACUCUACAGGCGAUGUGGGACGUGGCAGUAUUUCAGAUUUAAAAUGUAUACACCUAAUUUAGGAAAUUAAAUAAUAGCUCCAGGCUGUUAGAAGCAAUGCAGUUGGUUUUUUUUUUGUUUGUUUGUGUUUGUAUACUUUUACUCCGUGGGCAUUGAGAUGGUUAAGAAACAAUGGUACUCUAGACUAUAUCAUAAGGGUAUAUUUUUCAAAUUAUGUAGCUUGUGUGUGUGUAUGUGUGUGUGUGUUUGUGUGUAUGUACACACAUUCAUCAUUCUCAGCAUUUUGGGGAAAGGCUUGGUUUUAAGUCUCUACGUGUUUCCAAAUGUGAUUGCUAAGAGUCAAAUGUGGCAGAGAAAGUUUGAAACGCCACUGAACUCUGAUACGACUUGGGUACGAAUGUAAAUACAGGUCUCUAAGCAAGAUCUGAGUAAGUACAGUUAGUUUUUAUUUAUACCGCGUAUGUCUCUCUUCAGGCUCUGUGAACUGAAAAGAAAAUGUCUUUUUACUGUUUAAUUUAUAUUUAUUGUUUGAGCAGGAAUAGAACAUCUUUGUUUCCAACCAAGUUUUUGGAUUUUUUUGUUUUGUUUUGUUUUUUUGUAACUUUUAUCAAGAGUUUAUUGAGGUCAAUGUUAACACUGAAACAGGAACUGCUAACCCCCAGGACUGGAGCCUUGUCACUUCCUUCUUACUUUAGCAACUUUGAUUCAUUUAAAUAUGUUUUCUAGAGCCUCCUAUGUGCCUUUUUACCUUGUGGCCUUUUUAUUACUAGUCGGGUACAGAAGUGUCAACAGCAGUGUUGACGGUUCUUUUGUACCGACAGACAGGGUUAAGUUUACCACAGAACCCUUUAUGCAGGACUUCCGUUUCACUAAGUAUCGUGCGUAAGGUUUGUCAUGCAAAUGGAUAGACAAAUAUUGUUGACGCUUUUCAUUACAAUGAAAGUAAAAAAUUAUAGAAGACCGUGAAACAGCAAUUCUGCAGGCAAUGAAAACAACCAUUUUUCUUCUGUUUUGGUUUUAGAUUUUUUGAGACAGGUUUUUUCCAUUUAACAGAGAUACUGUUACUGGCUGUCCUGGAACUCACUUUGUAGACCAGGCUGGCCUCAAACUCAUAAAGAUCCACCUGCCUCUGCCUCCCAUGUGCUGGGAUUCUAGGUGUGGGCCACCACUACCCAGCUUGAAAACAACCAUUUUAAAGUAAACAAAAUACAUGUAAAUUGUCCUAAUGAAAAUCUGUCUAAUUGAAGCUUCAUUCCAGUCUUUUGAAUUGGUUGGUAUACUGUAACGUAGGACUGUUGCCUGUCCUAUUUAAUCAAUCCUUCGGGUUUCUGUAGGAAAUUCUGUUUAUAAGUUUUAACAGGACUCUGCAUCUAUGAUAUAACAAUGCAAUGCCUUCAUGCUAUUAGUCCAGGGCAUCUCUGAUUUCAGAAAGAAAGAAGGCAGUCUUUUCCAAAGUGACUGUUCGCUUGUUAAGCAUAAAGAUAGUACCGCUCCUUGUUUUCCUUAAGAAGGUGGAAGGGACUGCUUGGUUUCUAACCAACCUCAUCAUCUGAGCCUGCUGAAUAAGGAUCACUGGUGUUUUAGCAUUUGUUGUCACUACAAAGGGAACUUUCAGUCAAGCUAAAGAGCCCUAUAAAGAAUUCUUUGCCCAUCAUUUUGAUAAAGAACCUAAAUCCCAUUUUUGUGAAGUUGGUGAAUGUCCCUCGAUUGCUGAAAUACGGAAUUUGGGCCAGAGGUUGUUUGUUUGUUUGUUUGUUUGUUUUGGGAGUUUUUGUUUGGUUUUCCCGAAGCUGGCUGCUUCAGUGUGGUUUCCACUCUGACGCUACUCCUGCAGCUUGGCUGCCCCCACCUCCUUCCCGGUUAAUGUACUGAUCAUAUUAAUGUGAUUAGCAUCAUGGUCUUGUAGUAUAGUUUACAUAAAAAUGAUAUUUUUCACUAGAUUGUUGCAGAUAUCAAGAGGUCAUUAUUUUAAAAUACCUAUCUAGUAAGGGAAGCGGGAAAGUCAAAACAUUAUAUAAGACAGGUGUGUUUGGGUGCUUGUGUGUGUGUGUGUGUGUGUGUGUGUGUGUGUGUGUAUGAUGGGAAACUUCUAUAUAUCUGACAAAAAUAUCUUUUUUUAUUCCAAGUUCUUCCUCUUUUUCUCCUUAUGAGAAAGAAAAGAUAGCACAAAACUAAGUACUUACCUAGGAAACAUAUUCAUAUUCCAACAUGAUGAGCAUCUGGUCCUACAAAUACCCCAGAUAGCUAUACAAUCCACCAGGUAAGAAUCAGUGUACAUUGUAAGAACUUACUGUUCUAUUCAAUUUGUUCAGUAAAAUAAGGCCAGUUGAUACGCAGCCCGGGUAUGUGUGGAUGGAAUAUGCUAAACCCCGAGAUCUCCUUGCACAGAAUUGCAAAUGACUUUUUCCCCAACACCAAGAGCCAGCCUCAGAGCCCUUGGAAUUCAUGUGACAGAAUAUCCUUCUUACAUAAAUCAAUGCUUGAAGAUGCUGCAAAGGAUCCUCUAGUGAUUCCUGACGAGGAAUCAGAAUAGAGGUAAAUAACCCCCAAAAAACCCAACCCCUGCUGCUGGCUGUGAGAUUUCCUGGUGCCAGCUUAUCUAUGCACUCUGUAGCCAGAAUUGGCAUUCAGCUCUUAGCUACAUCUAAUAGAGAAGAUGGUCUUGCAUUCAAAGGAGGUUCAUUUCCCCUCUCAGACAAACAAAAGCACCUGUGUUGUACUACGUAAAUAUCUCAUGUAGAUUAAUAGUGAAGACUUAAUACGUGCUCUGGUGCCUUUCUUGUGUUGUGAAAGGCAAGUAGAUGUUGUAGCCAUAGGUUUUUUUUUUUAAAUCCAUAGUUGAAUUGCACACUGACCUUAACUCUGUAUGUACCCUUGUUAUUCUGCAUGUUAAAGCUGGAAUUAUUGGGCAUGUAUGGCAGACUACCCUGCUACAUCCUCAAUAUGUGAACAUUAGUGCAUAAACUCGAGUCCUUCUUUCUCACAUGUUUUUGACAGAUCAUCUCAUAAAAAUAAUUCAGGAAAUCUGUGGGAAAAUAAUUAUGUUUUACAAGAGCCAUUUCAAAGUCUUCCUAAAACUUGGAUGAUAGGACCUAAUGGUUAUUUUGUGUCUAAUUGAGACAUUUCAAUUUAAUUAGAUAUUACCACCAUAUGUUUUAUUAAUCCAAAUUAUAUUGCAUGUGACUCUUCCGACUUUCAGGGUUUCUCAAAAAAAAAUGUAUCAUUUUGUUGCAUGUACUGUAUGUUCCUAGGCAAUCAGUUGCAUACUCAAUAUGGUUUUACUGUGCCUUACAUGAAGAGAAACUAUACAGAAUGUAUGACAUGGGGUGGGGAACAGAGCCUCUACUGCACUGUUAGGUGAUAGCACACAGCAUGUCCCAGAACAUUUCUGUGCUUAAUUACCCAACCAAAGAGAUCUAAAGUAUGUAUGUUGUACUGUAAUGGGGGGUUAUGCCUGGACAAUUUAAGUGUUUUAUUUGUUUUCUGAAAUGAUGUGAACUUAU